UUAACCUUUGCUUCAAAAAUCAGCUCUCUCUUAUUGAGCGUCAUGCACAUCUGUUUACACUUAAUCACUGACUCAGCUGGUCUCUUGUGAAUUGCAAGGUCACGAAAUCAAGUGCUACAGCCUACAGGUUUAUUGUAGCUGGUUUAUAUUUGUGAUUUUAUGGCGACUUGGUUCAUGAAACGACUAAAUAUAGGCAAACUGCUCGUUCUGAGAGAUGUAUUCAAAUGUUCAUCUUCUCCAAGGAGCACAAGAUGUCUCCAUAUGGGCGAAUAUUUCACUCGUGGACGCUUGAGUGAGAUCGAGCUACAGGCGUCAGUGCCCUUGGCUGGAAGAAAAUAUUUGGCAAGUUCAACAUCACCCGGCUUUCCGAAAUAUCUUUCAGGACCAAAAGAUGACUUUCCAAAGUUGGUUAAAGCGAAGAAAGGUCAGGAGACUAGUAUGAAACACUGGGCAUUGAGAUCAAGAGAGAUUAUUGAUCAGGCAUAUCAAAAGUACGUGAAGGAUGGUACAGCAGUGGCUUUAUUGUUCCGUGGUCUUCCAAACUCGAGUGAAAAGGAUUUCUCAGAAUGGGUUAACAAUUUGGGUUUCAAACCAUUUCCGUAUGUUGGGGGAGUAACCGCCAGAAAUGAAAUUGAACUAAACGUUGACCAGGGAGCUUUGGAUGAAAAAGUUUAUAGUAUUGAAACUCAUAAUGAGAUGGCUUACUCCAACAGAUUUCCAAAGAUAUUCACAAUAAGUUGUUUCAACAAAGCUCAGUGGGGUGGAGAGACUGCAAUUUGUGACAAUAGAGAUUUCUCCGCGAAGUUGGAUCCAAACUUUGUUGAAAAAUGCAAAGAUAGAAAAAUCCGUUACUGGAGUUGUCUUCACAGCGAAGAUAGCGACAAAAAUCUUUACCAAAGUUGGCAGAUGCGUUUUAGAACCAAGGAAAAAGACAAAGUUGAGCAGUUUUUAAAAUAUCAGAAAUACAAUUUUUUCUGGGAAGGAAACACGUUGUUUUACUGGGACAAUGUAUCACCGACUGUGAAACACGUGAAAAGUGGCGAAGAAUUGUGGUUCAACCAGAUUGCCGGGUGCCAUUGCACUUAUUUUACAAACUCUCCACAAUACGAGGGACUGCCGGAAAUGCCGAACAAGGAGUACCCGACUCACACCACGUACGGUGAUGGAGAGGAAUUUACAUCGUACGAAAUUGACAAUUACAGACGUUGUAAGUGGGAAAAUGCUGUUGCAUUUGACUGGCUAAACGGUGAUAUUCUUUUUCUUGAUCAGAUGAUUGUUCAACAUUCCAGAUUAAGUUUUGAGGGGGAAAGAAAAGUUGGUGUUAGUCUUUUGGAUUACUAGCAGUUGAUGAUCUGCUUGGAUUCGUCUGCAUGUGCUAAUAUGUUUAGGAUUUGAGUCGCUUUAUUAAUCAUAGCCAGAAUUCGCGGACAAUUGAGUAUGACACACCAAAUCAUCAACAGAAUCCAACCUUAUGCAUCUCUUCAAUCGCUAUGAUUUCAUCAGUUAUUACUAUUUUAAUUAAACCUUUACGUACGUAUAUACAUACGUGCAAAAAACGCGACAGUGGAAGGAACGCCCAACUUUUGCUAGUAUAUGUUUAUGUAGAUUUUCUAUUUGUAAUUCAUUUCUACAAAUAUUUUGUAUCGUAUAAACGGCUAAAAGAAUCUACCUCGGAAUAUUUGGAGUAACAUAAUUGUUUUGCAACUAUACCAAUCGUGGAAAAAACUUCUUUUUCAAAAGCAGCCGAGAUGUUCUUUUCUAGCCCAAUCGGACUGCGCGUGAUUUUGUUAGGAUUUUAUAACAAUCCCAGGCUGAAAACAUGAAAACACUCCAUGUUACUAAUCAGCCCCUUAGUCCCGGCUAAAAUAUCAAUUACAACUUUGCAAUUUUGGUUUCGCAAUUUCAUGUAUUUAGGGCAAAAUCUUUACAGUAUGAUAGACGGAAAUUGAAUA